CCAGAAUACUUGCAAAACAUGUGCUAAGGCGAUAGCGAUCUUCCCACCCAAUUUACUUCGGACGGUGUCUCUUUUUCUUGCAAUGCAAAUUGAAGACUGUUCAGGUUUUUUUCUUCUCUUAACAACGAGCUCAAACACCUAAUAGACUCCUCAUACCUCAAGAAUGGCGACGGCAACUGGCAUUUUCCUGCUGUCUCUGACGGCCAUUCCCGUGACUUACACGCUGAACACCGUGCAGUCGUUCUCGGAUGAUCACCGGGCGGUGUUCGCCGUAGGCUGCCUGAUACUGCCCAUCAUCGUGAUGUUGGCGUACCUCAUCAGCCGCUCGGCCAAGCCCAAAGAUUGGUUCUUCUACAUGUUUUCCCUGUUUGCCUGGACCAGUGUGAUUGAUCUCAUUCUUGCCUUGUCUGCUGACGGGAUCAUCGCCAACUUUAUUGAAUUCUACCUCAAGGAGGGAGAGCCAUACCUGAACACAGCCUAUGGCCUGAUGAUCAACUACUGGGAUGGGUCCGGUCACUACUUCAUGUACAUCAUGAUGAUCACCGCUAUCGUCUGGAAUGAAAAUUACCGCGAGGUUGGACUAUAUUGGGUAGGCUCCAUCAUGAACAGUAUCGUUGUCUUCAUGCCCGGUAACGUCCUGGGCAAGUACGGCACCGAGGUCCGAUCGUCUUACUUCCUCAACGUACCGUAUGUCUUCCUACCGGUGUAUGCCGGGUACCGGUUCCUACAUGAGAGGAAACCAACAAAGGGGUCGGUCAAGCCCAGCAGUAUCUUCUCUCGACCGAUAGAUCUCUUCUUUGUGUUCUACCUCGUAGCUGCAACAUUACUAGCCUUCAUCCGAUUCAUGGCUGCUCUGGAUAGCCCCUUUCCGUUGGCACAGAUGUACCUGAAGGAAUAUGAGCCCUACCUACAUGACCCAGUGGCUUAUCCCAAACUGCAGAUGCUAGUCUUCUGGUUUUACUACGUUCCGUACUACGCUGCCACCAUCUGGGCCCUGCUGUACCCUGGGGCAUCCUGGGUGUCAGACUGGGCGCUAAUACACGCAGGGGCAUCAGCUCAGGCUCAGAUUUCUCACAUCGGCGGCUCCCUCCACUCCAACACACCCUACAUCUACCGGGUCCCCGAAGAAGGCCAGACAGUCUUCCUGAUCAUAAACCUAACGCUAUUGGUUGUACCGCAGCUGUUGGCAUGGCGAUGCUACUCGGUAGCCAAUGGCAAAGCCUCAAAAAACAAAGAUGAAUAAAAUUGAUACCGUAGAGACUGAAGAACUGUUCCUUCCCAAAGAAUAAUUUUAAUGAAAUAAAAAUAGUUGAGAUACUUACUGUGUUGAUAUUUUAUGGAUUCUGAUUUUAUAAUGAAUCCUUUGAAGGAGGUUUUCUAAAUUUUUAUUGUGAUAUAUAAAAUAUUUGUACUUGAAAAGCUCUUUCUUGGGUUUGAGUUUCAUAACCCAUUGGGCUUUUGAACAAAGGUGAUUUGUUUACAGUUGCAAUUGUCCAAAGAGUAUGAUUUUAAGAACAAAAAAAAAGCUUUAAAAAGAAUUAACAUUUUUACAGUAGGGCUGUUCCAAAUAAACCAAAUUGUCACCGACACCACGAAGUAACACCAAAGUCCACUUCAUUGUUACUUCGUGAAAACCGCAAAAUGACAAAUGUUGAUUUCACAAAGUAACACUCAAGUGUGUGCAAGCACAUCGGACACUGGCGCGAACGAUUUUUGUUUUCACACUGUUACGGAAAUACUUUUAAGAUUAAAGCGUUUUAAAACAUUUGACAGGAAUGUAAUUAAUACCUUUUCUUGUACGAUUACAGAUAUUUUAAUAAAAAGCCUUCAAAACUGGUGAAAUAAAGACCAGUGUUACUUCGUAAAAACCAAAAUGACCGAUUCAGUGCACAGUGCACAUGAGUGUUACUUCGUGAAAACGAAAAUCGCUCGGUUCUGUAAAAUACGCGCGUGUAGCGAGUACUCAAGUCCACUUGGGUGUUACUUUGUGGUGUCACUGACGAAAUAUACAAAUAUUUGAUUAUCCAAACCAAAUAUAUUCACCAAAUAUAUCCACCGAAUAUAUUAACGGAAUAUUUUUUAAAUUGCAAAAAAAAAUCUCGCGAAAAUAACCAAAAAAGUCUGUAAAAUUGUAUUGGUUUAUUGUUUGUCAAGUGCCAAAUUUGUGUGGACAGCUACCACUUUCCAUGUACAAGCUGAGAGCUUCCAUAAGGAGUAUUAGCCCUAAUAUGCAUCUUUUAAAUCUGCCAAAUAUCACCUAGUCAAGCUAUCUCCAAAAACUAUCCAUUGUUACAAACAUGGUAUUCAUAAAAAAAAGUUACCUCAAUGACAGUCUUCGAAUAUUCCAAUAUUGGAUCAACUGUAAGUUCUAGCAAUUAAAUACUAAAUUGUUCAAAAAAAAAAAUUAACAGCAUCAUAUUGGACGAAAACAAGCAAAUUAGUCUUCCACCAUUGUGUGAUAUUUUUCCAAAAAUGUUGCACACAAAUUGUCGUAAUAUUGUUGCCAAACCCACCUUGAAUUUUUCUUAUGCCAAAAAAAAAUAUAUACAUUAUUGGAAAAUGGAUUUUACAUGAUCAAGUAAUUACAAAUUAAUACAUGUGUUUUUUAUCGAACUGUUCCAUACGAUUUCAGAUAUUGUAGUUUGUUUUGAUCAAUUAUGGUUAAUUUUCAACCUUUUUUAAAAGUUUGUACAAGAUUAACGCUGCCAAUUUCAUUGAUCAGUGAAACCAUCCAAACAAAAAAAUAUUUCCCUCAUUUGAAAAUGGCACAGCCAAUUAAGUGAUUUUUCAGGGAUGUGUAAAUAGUGUAAAUUUACUGUGAUUUGAUGUAUAAUUAGGGACCGUUUUAAUUUACAGUGUGCAGUUUUUAAUUAAAAUCGUUCUAAAAAAUGUAGCAUUUUAAUAACAAAAUCAAGCUAGUCACAUCAUUGGGCCUUUUCGCACUAUUGUCUCGCCAACCCAUGUUGAAAUUAACAUUAAUUUAUGCAGAACCGUGUUCCAUUGAACACUCGGGCUGCAGAUUUUUGGAUUUUACCUGUAGGGGUGCAACCAAGUAAACAAGCCAAAGUUGGGCAAUAUUUGUUUUAUUUAUAGGGUUGGCCUUCUUGGGGAGGAGAAUUUCUCCAAAAAGUCAUCGGUCAACCACCAAAAAUUGAAAAGAAAAUGAAAGACGACAUGUUGAUCAUCAUUUUUCUGUGCAGCCUGAACACCUGCGAGAGUUUUGAGUAUUUUUAAAAGAAUUUUGAAGUAUGAGGGAUUUAACGCUGGUGUCUAUGGGAAUUUAUUUACUUGGUUGCAAAGGGACAGACCCGUGAAGAAGCCAAUGUAGGAUCCGGGUCGAACACAGAGAUUUUAGAUAGUGUGGAAGACCAUGGAAAGACCCAAUUGUAUGUGUGAUGUAUUCUUUUCAUUUUUUUUUUGGUUAAUACCUUUUUACCAUUUUCCCUUAUUGAGAUGUUUAAAAUUGGUUUAUCAAAAGGUGCUGCAUUAAGUUUUCAACCUUUGUUUUUGAAGUUUAUCUUAUGUCUAGAUCCCUUUCCAAUUUAAUGCGAUUGAAGUGGAACAUA